AAAGUGGCUGGUCCUGCCGGGUGCAACCAGUGGAUGAUCCUCGCUGACGUGGAGCGACGCCAUCCUGCCGCUCCGUCACUGGUGACGACGAGCUCGACGUGAAAGUUUCGAGGCGAGCCACAAUGGACGACUCGUCCCUGCUGGACGACAGCGUGAACGGCUCAGACCAGGAGGAGGAGGAGAAGGAGGAGAACCAGGAUGGAGCAUCUCCUUUCCGAGUUUCUCCGAGCAGGAGGACUCAGACCUCAGUCAUCCAGUCACCGCAAGCUCCAACUCAUGAGGUAACCUCUGGUCACAAGUCAGAAGGGGAUACUCACAAGAGACGGGAGCUCCUCUCCAGACGUCCAUCUUAUCGGAAAAUCCUCAAAGAGCUCUCAUUGGAUUCUCCGGCCGUUGCCAAAAUUGACGAGGAGGAAGAGGAGGAGGAGGCGGCGGUAGCAAAUGUGAACUCUUCUUCCACGCCGACCAUCUACCAGACCAGCUCAGGACAAUACAUCUCCAUCGCUCAGGGUAGAACCAUCCAGCUGAGUGCCACCGGAGCCCAGGCCCUUCAUGGGGGUCAAUCUCUGACCCCGCAGCCUGGGGCUACCAUCCUGCAGUGUGCCGCCUCACCAGGCGACGCCCCCCAGCAGUUCUUCAUUCAGGGAGGACAGAUGCUCAUCCAAGCCGCCACAGGAGACAUCCCCGCCUACCAGCUGCGCUCACCCAACACGGGCUUGGGCCACAGCAUUGUGAUGGCACCAUCGCCGAGUGCCACGCAGAGCCCAUCGUCCCAGCACGCCGAGGAGAUCACCCGCAAGAGGGAAGUGCGGCUUAUGAAAAACAGGGAGGCAGCGCGGGAGUGCCGCAGGAAAAAGAAAGAGUAUGUAAAAUGUCUGGAAAACCGCGUGGCUGUGCUGGAGAACCAAAACAAGACGCUGAUCGAGGAGCUGAAGGCUCUGAAGGACAUUUACUGCCACAAGGCAGAGUAAGCUCGCACUCCCACCUGCCGCCUGUCAAACUGCCGUGACUGCGUCUGCUCGCUCAGGCCUUCCUUAUGCUGCAUCCCGCCCCCCUCCCGUGUGUCCCGGGAACGCCAAGAAUGAUCCAGCUCAACAGUACUCCGCAUUGUCUCUUGUGGCUUUUUUCCACACAGAGGAACUCAAAAAGCGUCACACACUUUGCUGUCGCACAGUGACAGUCGACCUAGGAACACAGGAGACGCUCAGGAACGUCACACGGCAUCUGAACGCACCUUUUGUGUCAUUUACACUUCACUUUCUGCUGGUUUUGUGUGAAACUCCACUCACGCUGAAGAUGCCAAGUGACAGGAAGGAGCAAGUGUUGAUUUUUAAAGCAGCAGUAAGGAAUAAUUGGCAUUUAUUUAUGUUGGCCCCUACAGGUGUAAGCUGUGAUUAAAUUCAAAAGCCAUCGUUGUGCAUGCUACAGAAAGCUGCUGAACAUGGAUUUGUUACGCGACACCAUCAUAAACUAAGCUAAGCUAUUAGCUGUAUGUGCUGAAUGCUAACAGUAUUAAUCUGUGUUGAAGUUAACAUUGAUCAGCUCUCAACAAUACUGCAAACGCUAACAAAACACCACGUGUCUGGGCCGGUCCACCAACAUCACCCAGCAUUAAAGCAGGUGAUGUGGGGGUUGCCAUGGCAACCAGAGAGCUGCCAUUCAACCGGCGUAGCAACCUUUUGAAGCUGUUAUCUUGAGUUUAAAUUCUGACAUGUUGUCGCUUUUGUUAAUAAAGUCCACUCAGCAGGUUACAACUGCUCAUCCAUUGCACAAUCACAUUCAAAGCAGCAGAUUCAUUAUUAUUAUCAUCAUUGAUGAGGUUUUAUACUUUUUAACAGCACAAGAGCCCCAAUUAUCCUUUUGUACAUUUGUUCUUUUUCCUUGUGGUGUAAAUAAAGUUGAUUUUGUGGCUAGAGGGCGGCAGCGUGUUCAUGUGUGUGGAGACAUGAUGUUUUUGUGUCAGGGGUCAAAGUUCGUUUCACCAGUCGUCUUCUGAGUCCACUUCCUUGUUCGCGUUGUCUUUAUCUAAUAAAAUAUUCUAAUUUGACGUUUCUCAGUCUUCAAGUGUACUUAAAGAUGAAUUGGAACCAGCAUAUUAGUAUAUAUACCGUACAUAUGUACGGUAUAUAUACUAAACAUUACGCCUUUACAGAGAUGAAAAUGGUCACGAUGGAGGUAUGAAUGUUUCUUAUCGUGCUGACUUUUAAGGUGUUAAUUCACCAACGUGUUUGUACAACUCUACUGUAUCACACUGAGCAGUUGAAGGUGAAUAAACAGGUGUUAUUUCCCCACAAAGGAUGCUGAGUGGUUUCCGUGGCAACGGGUGAGCGUUGGAAUGGAUAACACAGGAAGAAAUAUUUUUUCUUGAUUAAACUGGGAUUUGCACGCCUUAUGACGCACACAGCUUGCUUACAUAUGUUUAUUUCUCUGCGACUUAU